AUGGGAAACUUCAAUGCAGUCCCUUCAUCAAAUAUAGAUAGAAAUAAUAAUAGCCAAUCACAAAUACCAGAGACUGAAAGCCACAUUGAUGCAAUAUGGAUGUCAGAAAAAUGGGAAGGAAAAAUGGAAUCAUGUUAUGUUGAUAAUUUAAAUUUAAUAACAAAAAGUGAUCAUAAGCUG